AUGUCCACUGUUCAGAAUACUCAAAAUGAAAUCAUGAUUGACAGAGAUAAUGGAGAAACUGAAAUGGUUGAAAGUGAUUUGGAAAGUAUGACUGUUGGUAGGAACAAAAACACAGAUAGUAUUGCAGUGACAACUGUUGAUAAUACCUUGCGUGAAACCAUAAUAACUAACGGACAAAUGACCAAAUUUCCAACUACUAACAGCAAUGCGAAAAGUUCUGUAAUUAUUCUGACGUCUCUGAAGACCGGUGACAACACCAAACAAGCCACAGAAUGUGCAGAAAACACAGACAGUAAUCCUGUUGCUGGACCUCGCAAACAGCAAAUCAACAAGCAUGUCAUCGUAGCCAACAGCAUCAGACUCAGCCCACAGGCAAACAAAACCAGUGAUGGUUUUCAGAAAUCCUUCCUUCCCACGAAGACAAUGAAGUUACAGGUUAAUUGGGGUCUUCUCCCGAGGAGAAGUGGUCAAAAAAUACUUAAGGACCCACAAAGACCUGUUCCCGUUGAGCAGACCUUGAUGAAUGCGAGAUCACUGACCAACGGUCUGACUGCAACUGCUCAAGCAGGGCCCUCUGCUGAUAGUAUUGACAAAGAUAUUGCUAAAACAAAGCGUCCAAAGUGGGGAAGAGUUACCUGUCGAACACUUCCACCCAGUGUUUCCACGUUGAGAGGCUACCGAAUGUUGUUACUGAAAAACAGACAGAUGAAGCUGUUAGCCAAUACAUUUUACACUCAGUGCAAUAGGGAACAGGAGGCUAAGAAGAGGAAUGAGAUUAGCCAAAGUUUGGAACUUAAUGCAGACAGUUCAGCCCCAAAACAGGAUGUAGAUCCUCUGCAAGGUAUUCGUAAAACUGAUAAAUUCCAGCGCCUGAAGUCACGUUUUGAGUCCAUUUUCUUGUGGCCAGCGUUCAUUGCUUCUACUUCUGUACCUCAUAUGGAUGACACUGCUGAAACAGCUUCUUCAACAGCUGAUGUCAAUGCAGUGAAUUCCAAAACACCGGUGUUUAAAUCACCAAAAAAGACUGCGAAAAAAGGAAGACCUAAAUUGAAAAAGAGAAAACAUGAUAGCGAGUCAGACCAGAGAGAGAAUGAAGAUGUCCAAUCGAAGAAACGUUUGGGGAGACCAGUUGGUUCAAAAAGCAAUUCACAAAGACCGACUAGUCCAGUGCGUACCUCUGGACGUACACAAACUCAAGAGAAAAAAAUAUACUCGGACCGAAUAAAUGGACGUCGAACGACUGCAGACCGAAAAGCUUCAAAAUCUAGCAUCUUUGAUCCAAAAAAGAGAAAUUCUGUAUUCAAGCUGAUGAAAGAAUAUGUGCAAUGCAAGAAAAUUCAUCAAUCCCUGCAUACAACGUCCUCACUGACCACAGAUGAUAUUCCAGAAGAACAGAUGGAAAUUGAGACUCUUUCAGCAGGUCCUGAUCCUGGUCUGAUGGAAGAGCAGGACACACCAAUGGCGGUGUCUUUUCAGCAACCAGCUCAGCAACUUUCUCAGAUGGCAGACAUCAGUGAAACAGGCUCUUGUGGUGUUGAUGUGGAUGCCGUGAAUAGUCAGAAUAUAAAUGAAGCCAAAAUUGAAUGUACUACGACCGUUUCAGCAGGCAGUCGGCCCAUCCUUCCAUGUCAGGCUUUCAAUAUGGAGUCACUCACAGCACCAGCUCAGAGUGUUGAAGGUUUGGUUCCUAUGAUACUGUCAUUUGAUAAAGACAUCCAUGGAAACAUCAUCCAGACACUGCGACUGCUAAAUGAUCCAUCUCAGCUUCCACCAAAUAGUUUUAAGGGCCCUAUUGGAAAUGCUACAGUUGGAUCAAGUGAUAACCUGAAUAAAGCUAGUUUUGAGGGUCCUAUUGGAAAUGCUACAGUUGUAUCAAGUGAUAACCUGAAUAAAGCUAGUUUUGAGGGCCCUGUUGGAAAUGCUACAGUUGUAUCAAGUGAUAACCUGAAUAAAGCUAGUUUUGAGGGUCCUAUUGGAAAUGCUACAGUUGUAUCAAGUGAUAACCUGAAUAAAGCUAGUUUUGAGGGCCCUAUUGGAAAUGCUACAGUUGUAUCAAGUGAUAACCUGAAUAAAGCAGCAAAUGAAUGAUACACGUUGUUUUCAGUAAACAAUAUUGUGAUAAAAGAACAGUUAACUACCAGUCUUGUGAUUUGCUGGGAGUUUCACCAGAAUGAUCAUAACAAUAUAUUGUUCAGAAUAUUUUUAUUUCUAAAGAUUAAAGGGAAAAGCAGUCCUACAGACUAUGUUUUCACAUAAUUUCCAACACCAUUUCCGAGAGGAAAAAGCUAGUCCACGACAUAAAAAUAUAUCUCGUGUCUCUAUUCUGUCUGUCUGAAAAGUAAAAACAUGCUGGCUGUUGAAAUGUAUAGCUUAUGUUCUAGAUGUUGCAUGCCCAGAAAAUCAUAUUUUAACUGACUUGGUUAUGAACAAAUAGGCAAACGUAUAUCCAAUACUUUUGAUCAGUGCUUCUAGCUGAUUCAGUAUGUUUAAAAGGAGAAAUCCAGAAAAGAUUGUUACAUUAAGCUGCAUGAACUAACAUUUCUAUGCGUAAUGCUAAUUUCAAUGCUGACAUCUUUAUUAAUGUGAUCCUAGUUAUUUCGAAGUGGUGCAUUGGAGAAAAUCAUGGAAACUUGAAAAAAUAAAAGAUGUUUGAAGUUGUUACCUUGUAGUUCUAAUGAGCUAGAAACACUGCUUUAAAAUGACCUUAAAUUUGUUACUUAAAUAUUUAUUUGUUAAUUUGUGGAAAUGUUGGCUCAGAAUGUGGUGUUAUUUGUGUUGCAGAUAUGAUGGAAGUUUUUUUUUAAUGUAAAAAUUAAAUGAACUAAAGGGA